AAUCAGAUGGUCGUUCACUGGGCAGGAGAGAAGAGCAACGUGAUUGUGGCCUUGGCCAGGGACAGCCUGUCCUUGCUGGGCCCCAAAAACAGCGAUGUUUACGUGUCCUAUGACUAUGGGAAGAGUUUUAAGAAGAUUUCGGAGAGGUUCAGCUUCGAUGGGGGGAACAGCAGUGAGGUGGCCAUCGCCCAGUUCUACCACAGCCCUGCUGACAACAAGAGGUAUAUCUUCGUGGAUGCCUUUGCCCCGUACCUCUGGAUCACCACCGACUUCUGCAACACCAUCCAAGGCUUCUCCAUCCCCUUCAGAGCAGCAGACCUCCUCCUGCACAGCAGGAACCCCAACCUCCUCUUGGGCUUCGACAGGUCUCACCCUAAAAAACAGCUCUGGAAAUCAGAUGACUUUGGCCAGACCUGGAUAAUGAUUCAGGAGCACGUGAAGUCCUUUUCUUGGGGGGUUGAGCCCUACGACAAGCCCAGCACGGUGUACAUCGAGCGCCACGAGCCCUCGGGGGCCUCGACCGUCAUCCGCAGCACAGACUUCUUCCAGAGCCGGGAGAACAAGGACAUCAUCCUGGAGGAUGUGCAAGAUUUCCAGCUCAGGGACAAAUACAUGUUUGCAACCAAGUCUGUGCGUUUGCUCGGCAGCUCACAGCCCCCCUCGGUCCAGCUCUGGGUCUCCUUCAACCGCAAGCCCAUGCGGGUGGCACAGUUCGUUACCAAGCAUCCAAUUAAGGAAUAUUACAUUGCUGAUGCCUCAGAGGACCAGGUGUUUGUGUGUGUCAGCCACGACAACAACCGCACCAACCUCUACAUCUCGGAGGCUGAGGGCCUGAAGUUCUCCCUGUCUCUAGAAAAUGUGCUCUACUACAGCCCAGGGGGGGCUGGCAGCGACACCUUGGUCAGGUACUUUGCCAACGAGCCCUUCGCAGAUUUCCACCGCGUGGAAGGCGUGCGGGGCGUCUACAUCGCCACGCUGAUCAACGGCUCCUUCAGCGAGGAGAACAUGCGCUCCGUCAUCACCUUCGACAAGGGCGGCACCUGGGAGCUGCUCCAGCCCCCCACACAGACCCAUUACGGGGAGCACAUUGACUGCCAGUUGUCCCAGGGCUGCUCUCUCCACCUGGCCCAGCGCCUGAGCCAGCUGCUGAAUUUCCAGCUGCGCAGGAUGCCCAUUCUCUCCAAGGAGUCGGCACCAGGACUGAUCAUUGCCACUGGCUCCGUUGGCAAGAACAUGGCAAGGAAAACCAAUGUUUAUAUCUCGAGCAGCGCUGGAGCAAGGUGGAGAGAGGCACUGUCUGGACCCCACUACUACACCUGGGGUGACCACGGUGGAAUUCUGGUGGCCAUCGCCCAAGGCACCGAGACCGACCAGCUCAAGUACAGCACAAACGAAGGGGAAACCUGGAAAGUGUUCACGUUCUCGGAGAAGCCGGUGUUUGUGUACGGGCUCCUGACCGAGCCUGGCGAGAAGAGCACCAUAUUCACCAUCUUUGGCUCCUACAAGGAGAAUGGCCACAGCUGGCUGAUCCUGCAGAUCAACACCACUGACGUGCUGGGGGUCCCUUGCACAGAGAAUGACUACAAGCUGUGGUCACCCUCGGAUGAGCGAGGCAACGAGUGUUUGCUGGGGCAUAAAACCGUUUUCAAAAGGAGGACUCCUCAUGCAACCUGCUUCAAUGGGGAAGACUUUGACAGGCCUGUCAUGGUCUCCAACUGCUCUUGUACGAGGGAGGACUUUGAAUGUGAUUUUGGCUUCAAGCUGAGCGAUGAUUUGUCCUUAGAAGUUUGUGUCCCUGACCCUGAGUUUGCUGGCAAACCCUAUGACCCACCAGUCCCUUGCCCUGUUGGCUCAACCUACAGGAAGACUCGAGGCUACAGGAAGAUCUCUGGGGACACUUGCACGGGUGGAGACGUCGAGUCGCGGCUGGAGGGGGAGCUGGUGCCGUGCCCGCUGGCGGAGGAGAACGAGUUCAUCCUGUACGCCACCCGAUACUCCAUCCACCGGUACGACCUGGCCUCGGGUGUCAGCGAGGAGCUGCCCCUGGCCGGGCUCAGGGGUGCUGUGGCCCUGGAUUUUGACUACGAGCACAACUGCCUCUACUGGGCUGAUGUCACUCUGGACAUCAUCCAGCGUCUCUGUCUCAACGGCAGCUCUGGGCAGGAAAUAAUCAUAAGCACUGGGUUGGAAACAGUGGAAGCUUUGGCUUUUGAGCCUCUCAGCCAGCUGCUCUACUGGGUCAACGCUGGGAUUCCCAAAAUCGAGGUUGCCAAUCCAGAUGGAGACCUGAGACUGACUGUCCUCAACUCCUCGAUACUGGAGCGACCCAGAGCCCUGGCUCUGGUUCCUCGAGAUGGGUUGAUGUUCUGGACAGACUGGGGGGACUCCAGGGCUGGCAUCUACAGGAGUGACAUGGACGGGUCCCUGGCCGGGUGCAUCGUCUCGGAGGGCGUGCGCUGGCCCAACGGCAUCUCUGUGGAUGAGCACUGGAUCUACUGGACUGAAGCCUACAUGGACAGGAUCGAGAGGGUGGAUUUCAAUGGCAUGCAGAGAUCUGUGAUCCUGGACAGCCUCCCUCACCCCUAUGCCAUUGCUGUAUUUAAGAAUGAAAUCUACUGGAAUGACUGGUCACAGCUGAGUAUUUUCAGAGCAUCCAAAACCAGCGGCUCCAGGAUGGAGAUCUUGGUCGGCCGACUGAAUGGGAUCAUGGAUAUGAAAAUCUUUUACAGAGGAAAGACAACAGGGCAGAACGCCUGCAUCACCAAGCCCUGCAGCCUGCUCUGCCUGCCCCGGUCCAACAACGGCCGCAGCUGCAAGUGCCCCGAGGGGGUGGCCAGCACGGUGCUGCCCAGUGGGGAGCUCAGGUGUGACUGUCCCCACGGCUACAGCAUGAAGAACAACACCUGCAUCAAGGAAGAGAACACGUGCCUGCCCAACCAGUACAGGUGCUCCAAUGGGAACUGCAUCAACAGCAUCUGGCAGUGUGACAAUGACAAUGACUGCGGGGACAUGAGCGACGAGAAGAACUGCCCAACCACCGUGUGCGACACCGAGACCCAGUUCCGCUGCCAGGGCUCAGGGACCUGCAUCCCCCUGUCCUACAAAUGUGACCUGGAGGACGACUGUGGGGACAACAGCGAUGAGAGUCACUGUGAAGCUCACCAGUGCAGGAAUGAUGAGUUCAGCUGCAGCUCAGGGAUGUGCAUCCGUCUGUCCUGGAUGUGUGAUGGGGACAACGACUGCAGGGACUGGUCUGACGAAGCAAACUGCACUGCAGUUUCUCACACCUGCGAGGCCUCCAGCUUCCAGUGCCACAACGGGCACUGCAUCCCGCAGCGCUGGGCCUGCGACGGCGACGCCGACUGCCAGGACGGCUCUGACGAGGACCCUGGCACCUGCGAGAAGAAGUGCAACGGCUUCCAGUGCCCCAAUGGCACCUGCAUCCCCACCAGCAAACACUGUGACGGCAUCAACGACUGCUCCGACGCCUCGGACGAGCAGCACUGUGAGCCCCUGUGCACCCGCUACAUGGAUUUUGUGUGCAAGAACCGGCAGCAGUGCUUGUUCCACUCCAUGGUGUGCGACGGCAUCGUCCAGUGCCGCGACGGCUCCGACGAGGACGCCGCCUAUGCUGGCUGCUCCCAGGACCCCGAGUUCCACCGGACCUGUGACCAGUUCAGCUUCCAGUGCCAGAACGGGGUGUGCAUCAGCCUGGUGUGGAAGUGUGACGGGAUGGACGACUGUGGUGACUACUCUGACGAAGCAAACUGUGAAAACCCAACAGAAGCCCCCAACUGCUCCCGGUAUUACCAGUUCCAGUGUGGGAACGGGCACUGCAUCCCCAACCGCUGGAAGUGCGACCAGGAGAACGACUGCGGGGACUGGUCUGAUGAGAGGGACUGCGAGGGCUCUCCAGUUCAUCCCAUUACCACGCUGAUCCCCCCCACGUGCCUGCCCAACCAUUUCCGCUGCAACAGCGGCGCCUGCAUCAUGAACAGCUGGGUGUGUGACGGCUACAAGGACUGCUCCGAUGGCUCUGACGAGGAGGCCUGUCCCACCCCAAGACCCAAUGUGACAGCCACGUCCCCGGCGCUGCCGGGGCGCUGCAGCCGCUUCGAGUUCGAGUGCCAGCAGCUGCACAAGUGCAUUCCCAACUGGAAGAGGUGCGAUGGAGUCAGGGACUGCCAGGACGGCACCGACGAGAGGAACUGCCCCACUCCAAGCAGCCUGUCCUGCCCUAGUGGCUUCAGGUGUGAGGAUGGGGAGGCCUGCAUCCUGCUGCCAGAGCGCUGUGAUGGGUACCUGGACUGCUCAGACAGCAGUGAUGAGAGGAACUGCACAGAUGACACAAUCGUGUACAAGGUCCAGAACCUGCAGUGGACAGCUGAUUUCUCUGGUGAUGUCACCCUGACGUGGGCUCGGCCCAAAAGGAUGUCCUCGACCUCCUGUGUCUACAACAUCUACUACAGGAUGGUCGGUGAGAGCAUCUGGAAGGUCCUGGAGACCCACAGCAACAAAACCAACGGCGUUCUCAAGGUCCUCAAGCCCGACUGCAGCUACCAGGUGAAGGUGCAGGUGCAGUGUCUGAGCAGGGUCUACAACACCAACGACUUCAUCACUCUGAGGGCGCCCGAAGGACUACCAGAUGCUCCCCUGAACCUGCAGCUGUCCCUGAAGAGAGAAGCUGAGGGUGUGGUGAUGGGCUGGUGGAGCCCCCCCGUGAACGCCCACGGCCUCAUCCGGGAAUUCAUCGUGGAAUACAGCAGCAGUGGAUCCAAGGAGUGGUCAUCCCUCAGAACCACCAAGAACUACACCGAGAUCAAGAACUUGCAGGUCAACACUCUCUACACAGUCAGAGUUGCUGCAGUAACCAGCCGAGGGGUGGGAAACUGGAGUGAAUCCAAGUCCAUAACCACGGUCAAAGGCAAAGUCAUUCCUCCCCCUGUCAUCCACAUUGAGAGCUACAGUGAGGACUCCAUAAGUUUCAGCCUAAAAAUGACCACGAAUAUCAAGGUCAGUGGCUACGUGGUCAACAUCUACUGGACAUUUGAUAGCCACAGGCAGGAAAAAAGGACUCUGGUCAUAGAAGGAGAAAAGUCCAUCCAAAAAGUGGCCAAUCUGACAGCUCACACCCCCUAUGAAAUUUCUGCUUGGGCUAAGACGGAGCUGGGUGACAGCCCUCUGUCCUUUGUGCAUGUGGUGACCAGUGGCACCAGGCCAGUGUCCCCAAGCCUCAAGGCCAAGGCCAUCAACCAGACGGCCGUGGAAUGCAGCUGGACUGGCCCCAGGAAUGUGAUCUAUGGAAUUUUCUACGCCACGUCCUUCCUGGAGCUGUACAGGAGCCCCCACAACAGCACCACCAGCGCGCACAACGCCACGGUGCUGGUGCAGCGCGACGAGCAGUACCUGUUCCUGGUGCGGGUGGUGUCUCCCUACCAAGGGCCCCCCUCUGACUCGGUGGUGGUGAAGAUGAUCCCGGAUAACCGGCUGCCGCCGCGCCACCUGCACGCCGUGCGCACCGGGAAGACGUUCGCCGUCAUCAAGUGGGAAUCACCCUAUGACUCACCUGACCAGGACAUGCUCUAUGCCGUGGCAGUUAAAGAUUUGGUGAGGAAAACAGAUAAAAUCUACAAAGUGAAAAGCCGGAACAGCACAGUGGAGUACACCAUAAAGAAACUGGAGCCAGGAGGGAAAUACCACGUGAUUGUCCAGCUGGGAAACAUGAGCAAGGAAUCCAGCAUGAAGAUCAACACAGUCCCCCUGUCUGCACCAGACGCCUUAAAAAUCAUCACUGAAAACGACCAUAUUCUGCUUUUCUGGAAGAGUUUGGCACUGAAGGAAAGUAAUUUCAAUGAAAGCCGGGGCUACGAGAUUCACAUGUUUGACAGCUUGAUGAACAUCACAGCCUACCUGGGCAACACCACAGAGAACUUCUUCAAGGUGUCCAACCUGAAGAUGGGCCACAAUUACUCGUUCAGCGUGCAGGCACGGUGCCUGUACGGGGGGCAGAUGUGUGGGGAGCCAGCCACGCUUCUCUACGACGAGCUGGGAACAGGUAAAGACCCCUCAGCCACCAAAUCGGGCCAGGCCACGGACGUGGCUGCCAUCGUGGUGCCCGUGCUGUUCCUGCUGCUGGUGACCCUGGGCAUUGGCUUUGUGGUGCUCUACAUGAGGCACAGGAGGCUCCAGAGCAGCUUCACUGCCUUCGCCAACAGCCACUACAGCUCGCGCCUGGGCUCGGCCAUCUUCUCCUCCGGGGAUGAUCUGGGAGAUGAGGAUGAUGAAGCCCCAAUGAUAACUGGAUUUUCAGACGACGUCCCCAUGGUCAUCGCCUGAAGUUCAUUUCUGACUGUACAAAACCAAAUGGUGUAAAUAUUUUAUUUGAUAAAAAUAGUUGAUUGUUUAUUUUAAAAAUGCACUUUGAGUUGCAAUACGUUAUUUUUAUAUGGGCCAAAAAAAAAGAAAAAAAUAAUAAUAAUUUUAAGAAUACACUUUGUAGUAAUCAACUGUGAAUUGCAGACUAGGUUGGUUGAGUAACAAAUUGCUUUGAUUUAACAUUAAUUUAGUCUUACAAGGCUAUGCUUGCUGGGCAUGCUUUUAAGUCUGUGAGAUAUUUUCCGUUGACUAAAUUGGCUACUCAUUUUAUUUUUCUAAGACAAGAAUAAAUUUAUUUAAAAAAAAAGAAAAAUUCAGGAGAUUAUAUAUGUAGAGAGAGAUAAUAUAGUCCCUGAAGGUUUUGCUUUUACUUUAGGACAAAAAAAAAAAAUCCUUUGGACUUUGUUUUAUAUGAAAGUAUUUUUGUUGUGUUAAUUUAUUGGGAAAUCUGCUGAGGAACAGAUUUCCAGAGUCGUCAGACAUUGUACACAUUCUUGUGUAGAACAUGUGCCACUUUAUCUUGCAAGGCAGUCGUAUCUUGGCAUCCCCAUCAUUGUCCUUGCCAUGAUAAUAAAAACCCUCAUUUUCA